AUGGAUAUACCAAAAUUUAUUGGUUAUUAUAUAGAUACAAAUACUAACCAUUAUAAUACAUUUGGACAGAUUAAUGGCGAAUGGAAAGAUGGUGUUAGAUAUUAUAUAGAUGUUAAUAAAAAGGUUACUUUGGAGGAAAAUUACUUGGCAGAGGCAAGGAGUAAUAGUACUGGCGACGAACUAUAUGAACCAAUUGGAUCAAGAGUAGAAAAAAGGUUAAUUAAUAUGGUAGUUUUUGGUAGUUUCUCAAUUUCAAAAACAAAUGCUACAACCGUACCAAACGAAUAUGGUAUUUUAUUAUCGGGUGGUAUUAAAAUAUCAUUGGAACCAAAAGAAGGUGAUGUUCAAUCCAAAACAUUUUACGAAAAUUAUAAUGACAUUAGAAAUAAAUUCAAUCAAAAUAAUACAAUUGUAGUGGGUUCUUUGUUUAGUGAAAAUUCAUAUUUCGAACUACCAGGUUUAGAUCCAGAAUCAUUAAGAGUUUUAAAUGAAAAUCCAACAGUGUUUAUACAAAAUUAUUGUAAGGAAACCAAUGAUGAUUAUACAAGCUUUAAAAAAUUCAUUUCAAAAAUAGGUUCUCUAUUUAAUAUCUUAUCAUGGUCCAUUGAGGGAAAGUUAAUUUCAGCACCUGGUAUAGUUUUAAUAAUUUCAAAGGCAUAUUAUGAUAUUAAUCAAGUAAGAGCAAAUAAUGGGAAGCCAAAAUUAGAGUUCUUUUUAAAUUUACCAUGCGAUCUUGAUGGAAUAAACCCAGUCUUUACAAACCAGUGGGAAAGAAAUUUUAUUCAAAUGUUCAUGGACACCUCUUAUCAAAAACCCAUGUUUCUAGGCUUCCUUACCCAAGCAUUUAACCCAGUACUUUUUCAAAAAGCUUUUGAUGAAAACAAUGUUUUAGAAUCAGUUGUCAAUGCACCGUUUUCCGAUGGUAUCCACCAAAAUUAUACCGGUAAAUCAAGUGAUGUUGUUAAAUCUUUGCUUGGUUCUAGUGAUAUGGAUUUCAUUAAAUCUAGAUCGUUUUUAAUUCCAUAUAUAAAUCAUUAUGAACCCAGUAAUGCUGCCCUAAAAAAAGAAAUCUCAACAAUGAUAAAUGAAGGCUUUAUAAAAGAGUUAUCAAUGCUAUUGGUUUUAAAAGGUUUAAAUGGUAUUAUUCUCUUUCAAGAUCGAGGAGAUAAUCAAGAUAGCUUAUGUAUUUCUCACCAAAGAAUAAAUCCAGCAACAAUUAAAUAUGAUGAAUCUAUAUCUUUAAUAAACUCAAUAGAAAAUCAAGAAAAAACAAAAUUGUUUUUAAAUACAUUAAAUAAUAAUAAUAAAUAA